UUCCAUACAGUUGUUUUGUGUCAAUUCCGGAAACUUACAAUAAAAACACUCUAAACGGCCUCUAGAAUAUCGCAAAUAAUUCAACAUUAAUAAUGUCACAACUACCAUUUUGAGGUAAAGCAUCGUUCUGUGGACGUGUUUGAUGACAUCAACUACCUGACCUGUAGUAAACACCUUGCAAAAUUGUGGAGGUUCCGCGGAUAACUUUGGCAAGUCCACGGGUAGUGCUGGGCGGUCGACCCACCAUGAUGGCCCGUCGUGGCGGAAUGGUGCCAACUUUCUUCAUCGUUUUGUGUUUACUCUUUCUUGGUUAUGUUGGAAUGUCUUAUUGGCAGGUUAGGAAGGCCUUAGAAGACACCAAAAUCAAAGCUAAACAAUUCCAGCAGCAACAGGAGUCGCUGACGGCUCAACUACAAGUUGUUUAUGAACAUCGUUCCAGAUUGGAAAAGAUUUUACAAAAAGAAAAGAGCGAGCACAAAAUUACAAGAGAAGAUUAUGAAGACAAACUUGAAAAAAUAAAGAAAGAGGCACUUAACAGAUAUAAUUCAAUAAACAUUCAGCAUAAGAUGUUACAAACACAACAUGAAGACAUGAAAGAAGAAUUUGAAGACGUCAAACAGAAACACAGCGAUGUCGUUGUACAACACGAGAGAAUGAAAUUUGAACAUGAGGAGAAUCUAACGAGACUACAACGAGAGAUGGAAGAAGAAGUCCGCAACCUGAGAGUUCAACUUCAAGGUUCUAAAGAUGAUCUAACGAAUGUCCGAGAUCUUCAUCAGCAGGCUGCGGAAGCACUACAACAGAGGGAUCAAGAUAUUCAGAUUGGAAACAUAGAGAAGGGUCAACUAAAUCAGCAAAUUCUAGAAUUAAAUGACCAGAUCCAACAGUAUAAGAAUGAUAAUGCACGAGUUAUCAAUGAUUAUAAAAAUCUGCAGCAAAAAUCUAAAGAAUACAGACAACAUAUAGAGCAGCUCAGCCAGAUCAAUAAACAAAAGGGCAUGGAUCAGGUCGUUGUAGACGACCCCCAACAACUGCAGCAGCAGCAACUGCAACAACAGCAACAACUGCAGCAACAACAGCAACUGCAGCAACAACAGCAACUGCAGCAGCAACAACAGCCGCAGCAAAUGGGGGACCUCAGAACGUACAUCAAACCUCAACCAAAUCUUACGCCUUCUGAAAAGCUGAGACAUCAGGAAUUACUGAGACAGCAGUACGCAGCGAGGCGGCAGCAGUAUGAACAACAAAAGUAUGCUCAACAGCAACCGCAGCAACAGCAGCAGCAGCAGUAUCCUGAUCAACCGCAGCAACAACAGCAGUAUCCUGAGCAGCAGCAAAAGUAUGUUAACCAGCAGCAGCAGUUUCCAAACCAACAAUACCAGCAGCAGGAAUUUGUACAACAACCAUAUGCAAAUCAGCAGCAAGUGCAGCAGCAAGUGCAGCAGCAACCUGCACAGCAGCAAGCUCAGCAGCCAGCACAGCAAGGCAAGAAACAACUGUAUCGUAGAAAACAGGUUAAAGACACCAAGCCAGAAACUAAAGACAAUGGUCGAACUCUCCAACGUCGUGAACGAGAACAGCGCUAUUUGCAGCAACAACAAGAACUGAUUAAAAAAUAUCGCCUUAAACGACAACAAAACCAAGCAAAAGAACAAAAGGAUGAGGAAGUACAACUAGGGCAGAGGAUUCACCGCUUUGGUCAAGACCAACCAAAUGAUGAAGAUGAUAUAAAAGAAGCUGAAGAGAACCGCCUCCGCCGUGAACAAGAGGAACGUCUAGCGCUUGAGAAGGAGCAGCGACAAAAAGAAGCACUCGAAGAACAGCGGAGAGUUUUACAAGAGCAAUUGGAGCGAGAUCGACAGGACAGAUUGAGACAAGAAGGGGACCAGAAGGAGCAGAAUGAAAUCAAUGAGAACAAAGAGGAACCUGAGAACAAGGAGGAGGUGGAUUAUGCCGAUCAAGCAAAGCUAUACCAAGAACAAUGGGAGAGAGCAAGAAAAGACAAAGCACAGAGGGAAACAGAGAGGCAACUAGAAGAGCAGCAGCGACAGCAAGCGGAGAAAGACGCCGAGCAGCAAGUCGCUUUACAACCACAGCAAGGUAAUGAUGAUGACGACACUGGUAAUGAAGACUAUGCAGAGAAACUACAGAAACAGAGGGAGGACCAACUCAGGAGAGAAGAGCUGCGCAAGAUUCAACAAGAACACAAAGGUAAUUUGUUUGCCAACGAUGACAGAGACUUACCCAAGCAGCAGUGGAAUGAGGAGCAGCAAGAUAUUCAUUUAAACCAAGAAGAUGAAGAAAAUGAAGAUGAGGAAGGGAGACAGAGUCAGGGUGAAGAUCGAGACGAGAAUAACGUCAACAGGGUUAAUGGUGAUAUUCAAUUACGUGCCCCAGGAGCUGAUCAUAUUGACGUCGUUAAUAUGCCAGAUGAGGGAAAUGAACAAGUCCAACUUCCUAAUCCUCAAGGUUUAGUUCCUGCUCUUAAAAAAGACAGCGUUAACCAGCUCAGAGGGGAUAAUUUAUCUGAGGAUGAUGAACAACAAGAAAACCAAAAGUUUCAUCGAGAAAGAAAUAAUAUAAAUGCACAUGAAGACGCCAGAAGCAGAGAAAUAUGAAAACUGUUUAACCAGUAUUUCCAUGCCAACAGGACAUGAGUGAUAAUUUGGAAAAAAAGGGUUGCCAUGGAAACGCUCAACAAAAUUGUACUGAUCGCCUUAAUUGCCUUAAAAAGAAAUAGACUUAUGGGAUAAAGCAAUAACAUUGCAAGGUGUUCAGACAGAAGAGCUUUGACUGCUGUCUACAAUUGGCAACUUAACUAUCCCCGUUUGGGGUAUACUUCUACCCAGAUUGGAACCCUUUUCUCUCAAUGUGGAUACCAGUGGUCUGGAGUCAAGGAACUAUUGCAUCAAUGACACCUUAACUAUCCCGUUUGGGGUAUACUUCUACCCAGAUUGGAACCUUUAUCUCUCUAUGUGGAUGCCAGUGGUCUGGAGUCAAGGAACUAUUGCAUUAAUGACACAUAAACUCUCCCGUUUGGGGUACACUUCUACCCAGAUUGGAACCUUAUUCUCUCUAUGUGGAUACCAGUGGUCUAGAGUCAAGGAACUAUUGCAUCAAUGACUCCUUAACUAUCCCGAUUGGGAUAUACUUCUACCCUGAUUGACACCUUUUUCUCUCUAUGUGGGUACUAGUGGUCUGGAGUCAAGGAACUAUUGCAUUAAUGACACCUUAACUAUCCCCAUUGAGGUAACCUUCUACCCUGAUUGGAACCUUUUUCUCUCAAUGUGGAUACCAGUGGUCUGGAGUCAAGGAACUAUUGCAUCAAUGGCACCUGUACUAUCCCGAUUGGGGUAUACUUCUACCCUGAUUGGAACCUUUAUCUCUCAAUGUGGAUACAAUUUCUGGAGUCAUAAUGAGGUUGUCACUGGUACCCCCAUCGGAGUACGAUUGGAUGAUGAGUGUCUUUUCUACUGUAAUGUGUAAUGUAAGGCUUGAUAAGCGUUGCCUAAGACCCCCAACUGGUUUCCAAGUGGCGGUGUGAGGAAUGGGGCUCCACAAACACUGAGAUCACCAUUUUGUCAACUUGUUAUUUCAGUUCGUGUUUGGGUCUUGCCCUCUUUGUGCUGAGAGGUCAAAAUGGAAAGAUUGCAUCAUCUUGAACUCAUGAAGUGUUUUCUCUAGCAAUGGAGCUGAGGAUGGCAACAGUGAAUUCAAAAAUAUCUCAAAGAUUUCUGUCUUCAAAUUCAGUUGACAUCAAAACUUAACGGGCAUAUAAUUCCAAAAGAAAAAGUAGUCAAAAUGUUCACUUGUUUUUAUGUAAAAAAAUAGUGUGUUUUUCUUGCAUUUCUACUUAAAUAUGUAUG